ACCGAGUCUUGCGUCGAGCUUUUGUUUUGCAUCGCUUCUUCAUUUGCAUUCAGUUCUCAGGUGUGUUUUUUUCCCAGCGCCACGCUCGAGCUCCCGUGAGAGAUUGGCGCGCGGCCGCUGACACAGACACUCACACACACACCUCCACCGAAACGACGCAACGAGUUUGGAAAACCCUCCGGUAAAGCGGAGAUCCUUCCUUUGUUAGAAAGGAAUAUAUCAUUUUUUUUUUUAUCCCAGGAGAGGGCGAAUUUCCCGCGUUUUUUAGCCGCACCGCGCGCACGAGGGAGGAAGAAAGGCGCGUGAGGAAGAGCGACGGAGAGACAGAGAGAGAGCGCGCGCGCGCUGAAGACUGAGCGGUCGCGGGGGGGAAAAAAGCGUUCGCCGCGGCGCGCGCGUGUGUAUAUGUGCGUGCGUGCGCGAGAUUGCGCGCGCGCGGGUGUGUGUGUGUGUGUGUUUUGUCCUCGCUCGUGAAGAGAAAGAGAGGAGGGAGGGUUAAAACGGAACGGCAGCAGCUGCGGUUUGCGCGCCUGGCUCCGUGCGUUCAGCAUGUCGGAGGUGCUGCCAUACAGCGAGGAGAAAAUGGCUCAUUACGGGAACGACGGCGACGACGAGGAUCACCUCUCGUUCACCUGUCGCCUACAGGACACCAAUAACUUCUUCAGCGGCAACCAGAACAAGCGACCACCCAAGCUUGGCCAAAUUGGGAGAAGCAAAAGAGUUGAGGAAGAUGGUGAUGCUGAGGCGCUGGAGAAGACGGCGGAUAAAACAUCCUCGUCUGCGUAAGCGGAUCCCAAAGACACUUGACCUUUGAUGUGUGUACCCAAAGACAUUGUAAAGAAGCACCCCCUCUCCCAUCCGGCAACCAAGCACGUCACACUUUCUUGCUCUCCGACACCCUCUUUCCAUCAAACAGGGGAUGGCUGACGGACAAUGCGGCGGGCAUGCAUGGGAAUCUGGACGAAAGGGGCCCAGGAAUGGGAAGGGAAUACUGUGUUUUCCAAACUUCAUUCGAGCUAUGUGCAAUGAGUCCUACCAGGAUAUAACGAAGCAAUUAGAGUGACUGAGCAAAUUGUACCAUUAACAUCGAACCAGUACCUUCUUCCCCAAACUGUAGUCCAAGGCUUAGCUGAGUCGCUGGCUGAUGAUGUUAAUGGUAAAAUAGCAAUGUCAACUUCUCUUCCACGGUGAAUUUCAAAAGGAGAUUCACUAUGUAUUUAAGAUAAAAGGCUAUUUAUUAAAUCUUUGGAUACCUUUCUUUUUUUGCAGUGUUGGAGGUCUGAGCAAAUUUUAUAGAGAUUGACAGGAAAAUAGUAAUUUUCCUUUUACGUUUUUUGUUUCGGAUGUAGCUUGACUAAGGGAUCACCAUGGUCUACCCCUAAAAUACCUUCCCUCUUUUUCCCACCCCAAACCCAACCUUCUUUCUUGCUAUUUCAUGCAUUUGAUGUUUCUAAGCUAACAAGGGUUAGAUCAGGUAUAUCGAGUUAAAAAAAACAAACAAAAAAAAACAGAAAGAAAAAAAACAGAAACCUAACUGUCGCAUUAUGAUUAUUAUUGUACUACAUAUUUACCGUAGGUGUGCCAAAUAAUCAUGACAGAAAUAUGUAUUUCUGUGCUUACUUCACACGCACAGUUUUAUUAAUAUUCGGUGUUCAUGUUUACAGGGCUUUUUUCAUACUAGUGAUGUACUUUAGUCAUGCAUGACGAACCUGACGACCUCAAGAGAAUCUUAUAUAAUGGCUAAUGUUGUGUUGAUUUCACAGAAAAAAAAGUUUCUACGGGAAUAUCUGUAAUAUUAAAGAUUUUAAGAAAUGGAAUGAAAA